UAAUGUAUUUUAAAAACGUGAUUGUGGUGUUUAUUAUCGUUGUGGAAUGCUUUAUAAGUCCUCAGGGAUCAUCAACGUCAAGUGCUCUAAAAAAGUGGUGACGUCUGGCGCGAAGUCGAGAUAUCGCAGUUCCCUCCCAGCGAGACUCGACUACGUUCACGCUGCGGCGGAGCAUUUAUACGGGUGGACAGUAGCUAGGCGCUUCAGUCUCUGUUUGGACCGCGAGACGUGAGCAUGGGGUAUGAAUGCACCCCUUCAGUCGUGAAGUGCACCGUGUAAAUUGAAAACAAACUUGAGCAUCCUGACUUGCAUGAUAAUACGUCCCGAGAAAAGAAUACCGAUUUAUUAAACCGUGUCAUCGAGCUUCUGCCGCGAUCCACGGGACAUCGAAGUGAGAACUGUCAGUCGCAAAUGCGGUGAAUCGAUCGUGUAACGCGCGAAAGUCGAACUUCACUUCGCCCGAUGUAAAAGAGCGGUUACGUGCGCGAGGAAUCGAGACGAUUUUUGAAUUAAAUCGUUCGUCGAUGCGAGACUCGUCGCGUGUGCUUGCCUGGGAUACGUGAAGACGGUUUCUCUCGAGGAUACAGCUGAUUGAGAUAGCGCGCAACCAAAAUGUCGGUGCUUCUGGAAGCAAGGUCUUACAGACCUUUCAAGUCUUCGGAGGAGUAUUUGGUCGCGAUGAAAGAGGACCUGGCCGAAUGGUUGAACGCUUUGUAUCCGGAGUUGAGAAUCAACGUUGACAAUUUUAUGGACAGACUGGACACCGGCGUCGCUCUUUGCAAGCACGCGAACAACGUCCGAAAGUCGGCAGCCGAGUACGUGGCACGUCGUCAGGCGCGGAAGAUCUCAAUGACACGAUCGAUAACCUCGUCGCUGGCCCUGCCGAUGUCGCAGCUAAGCGACGUGGCCUUCUUGCCGAACGCGAAGGCCGGCACCUUCUUCGCCCGCGACAACGUCUCCAACUUCAUCGGCUGGUGCAGAAACAGUCUGGGUAUCAUCGAGUGUCUGCUCUUUGAGACGGACGAUCUAAUUAUGCGCAAGAACGAGCGACACGUUAUUCUCUGUCUGCUCGAAGUCGCGAGACGAGGCGCGAAAUUCGGCAUGUUGGCGCCGAUGUUGGUGCAAAUGGAGAGACAGAUCGAUCGGGAGAUCGCGGCGGAGAAUAAGGCUGCGAAUGGUGCACACGCAAAUGGAGGGAACGAGGAGAGCGACGAUGAGUAUGCCGAUAUGCAACAGGAGGAGCCUUGUCUCAUUUAUGGGCCGCAGCCGCAGAUCGUUACCAAUGACCUCAAGAGUUUGGACGAGAUGGUCCGAGAUCUGGUCGAAAGAUGCACAUGUCCCACACAAUUCCCCAUGAUCCGCGUAUCCGAAGGAAAAUACCGAAUUGGAGACACGAAGGUGUUGAUUUUCGUGAGAAUUUUACGAAGUCACGUUAUGGUGCGAGUCGGUGGAGGAUGGGACACCCUCAGCCACUAUCUGGACAAACAUGACCCCUGUCGGUGCCGCACUUCGCAUCGCUCGAUGAUCUCAGCGAAGUUGAUUCAAAAGGCUGGAGGGUCCUUCGACCUUGGUAGCGCGCAGGUGCAUUACGAAAGAUCACCUCCUAGAACUCGGCGGAGUUCAGCGUCGAGCGUCGGUUCCUGCGGCGGAACGCAAAACCAGCAAGCAACGCAGCUGCACGCGGCCAGAAGCGUUUCCAGCAAUCGCUCCCGAUCGCCCACGCCUCACCAGCCAGGGAAACAGCAACAGGACGAGCAGAGGAAGAUCAACCGCUCGAGGAGUCCCACGCCGCAGAGGAAAUUCCUGGCGAGUCCCAGUCAUCAGCCUGCCGAUUUCGGGAAACAGCGAUCGAGAUCGCCUACUCCGAAGGCGCAGAACUUCAGAUCUGUUAGUCCUAAGGAACAUGUGAGGACCGGGUCUGUACUUGAUUCGCCUGCUAGGAGUUUUGAGGAUGCUUCGCCGACGCAUCAUGGAAGGCAUCAGGAAGCUAAGGAUGCAAAGAAGGACCAAGAAACCCGUACGAAAGCCCCUCUCUCCGAGGAAUUCACGAAGCGUUACGUGGUGGAGGGUGGAGUAGCGCGCCGAGCAGUAGAAAAAGACGACACCCCGAAGUACGAGCCGACGAUCUACAAUUACAAAUGUCGCGAGGACUCCAGCAGUCGCAGUCCAACUCCCAGUCCUCCAGCGAUUAAAGAGGAGCCGGUGUUAGAGAACUUUGGAAAAGAGACGGUGCAUUACGGCAGCAGCAAAUCGCCCCACGGCGAUGGCGAACAUUCUGACAACUGUAGCGAGAUGUCCGACGAGGGUUAUCGAAGUUUGGGAGCCGUCCAGCCACCCAGCACCAACGGAAAUCCUGGAACGUGCACGCAGGGAUCGCCCACGGUUGCCGAUUGUCAAAAGCAACCCACGAAGCCCGACCACGAGGAGAGGUCCUGUGUGGAGACCGAGAGCAUCGAGACCGGCCUAAGAAAAACGCGAAUAGGUCCAGCGAGUCCUCUUCGCGCCUCCCCGUCCAGAAGCGUAGCGUCCUCCUCUGGUGACCGGACCCCCCGCGCCGGCUCCAUAGUCCGCGAGAACAGCAACGUGUCCCGAGCCUCGUCCGGUAGCCGAACACCGAGGGACAGCAACUCCAGCCCCGAAGGGAGUCCCCUGAAACGAGGUGCCAUUCGUAACAGCCUUCGAAAGCCACCAACCGGUAGUCUGAGCAAAGCGUCCUCUCCCGUGCCGAAGUCCUGCCAGUCCCCCGUGAGCGGCAGCAACACCUGGAACGGUAGACAGGCUAAGCAACGGCCCAGCAUCCAGUCGGACACCUUUCUGAAUCCUCAGGCACCCGCCACUUGUGCUACGACACCUAGUUUCUCCAGGAAGAGCCCCGCCAGGCAGAGUCUGCCCAGGCAGAACACCAACGGGAUCCAGUACGACAGAAAUGGGCGAAGGAUCAAGCCGUCCAGCACCGGGUCCCUUCAGUCCUCGCCUACCAAGGUGGCGAAUCCUCUACUGGAGCAGAUUCUGCAGAAGGUGGGCCACCUGCAGGACGAGCGCGAGGUGGUCCAGAAGCUGCAGGACCUGCUGAGGGAUUAUCAAGCUCACGGGUCGGGAGACGCCAACAUGGAGUUCACCAGGGCGUGGAUCGACGGGAAUGGAACAGUCGCGUUGCCUCAGGACAAUCAAAUGGCGGCCAGCCCUAGGAAGGACCCCAAACCGGCGUCGGAGAGGGGCGGAUUCUCGAGGAUACCCGCGCCGGUGUACAAAAGGCCCAUGUCCGUGGCGUCGGACAGCGUGUGAAGCUUCGGGACACAGGGCGGGUUUUCGAUGAAGGCUCUCGAGUCCUCGAAUUCGCUGAGCUUCUCCCGGUGUUCGUCGGGUCCUCGAUUUCUGCGAUCUGGCGGGUGGACUAAAGUAGCGAGUAGAAUUGUGGACAGGUAGGUGGAGCCCUUCGGGCAAAGCUAACACCUAACACUACCAGAAACGUGACUGCGAACGAAACGGGACUCUAUUUUUGAAAGUCCAAAUCGGCCUUGAAAAUUUGGAACCUCGAAGGUUUCGUAGAACAGAUUUUUCCUGAAGUUCGCGUCACGAGUCCACCUCGCGGGAUCGCAGAUCAAAGGCGUCCGAAACCUUAACGGGCCUUAAGGAUACACGGGGUGAAAUCAGUCGGAGAGCGCUCUAGAGGAGUCGCGUAAUUCGGGGUGGUGCUUGGAUGGUGCUGAACGAGAUAUGACGUUCGUGAUGCGAAUAAGACUGUAAGGAAGGUCGGAGAAGAGACUCGUCUCGUCGAGAAUUUUGGUUGAACACACGUACACGGAAUUCGAGCGGGCAAUUAGCUGGUGCCGGUGUCUUGCGUUAAUGGCUUCCCAAUCGAUUUGCUUCCAGUCAGUUAAUUGCACCCCGGCUGACAGCUCGUCGAUUGAUCCGAGACGAGAGAUUACACCUUGCAACGUGGACACGCGAUGUGUGCUCGUUAUCUUCGCGACACUUUGCGUGAUCGAUAGCCUUUCUUCUUCUUCUUUUAUUGGCGAUAAAUGAAGUCUGAAUACUCUUCUUGUACUUUGAUGUUGGGUUCUUUUUGGUAGUUUAAUUGGUAGAUGUGGGCAAGCAUAUUGGGGCAAACAUAGUGGGACUUUCUAGGGAAUUGAUCAUUUAGGGAGAGGAAGCUGAUUUGGAACUAGGGUACCUAAGGUACUAUGAGAUCUCUGAGUAUUAUGAGAUGUUUAGGCAUCCAUAGGUUCUUAGGUAUCACAAACAUGGUGUCUUAAGAUACCUAGGUACCACAAGGAUCCUAAGAAUCCUGAAGUCUCUAUGGACCUAAUGAGUCUAGGUACCUCAAGAUCUUUAGGAACUCCAACGUCCCUAAAAAUCUGAAGGUGCCUAGAAACCCCAAAGUCUAUGGAUCCACAAGGUGUAGGUACCUCAAGAUCUUUAGGAACUCCAGUGUCCCUAAAAAUCCUAAGAUACCCAGAAACAAGGUCCUAUCUUAAAGACUCCAUAAGUAUAUCAAGGUUCUUAUGUACCAAAAAGUCCCUAAGUGUCCCAAGACUCCUAGAUAACACUAGGAUCCUAAGAACCUCAGAGUCCAUAUGGACCCAAUGGGUCUAGGUACCUCAAGAUCUUCAGGAACUCCAAAGUCCCUACAAAUCUGAAGGUGCCUAGAAAUCAGUAAGUCCCUAGGUAUCUCAAAGACUAUAUCUAGAAUCCUAGGAAUUUCUAAGACCUUGAACCUUGGGAGCUUGAAGACCCUAAUUAUCAUAAAUACUCCAGAGACCCUAGAUAUCCUAAAUACCCUAGAUAUCCUGAAUACUCUAGGCACACUAGAUUAUUCUAAAUACCUUAGGUAUACUAAAUACUCCAGGGGCCCUAGAUUAUCCUAAAUACCCUAGGUAUCCCAAAUACCCUAAAUAUCCUAAAUACCCUAAAUAUCCCAAAUAUCCUAGAUAUUCUAAAUACCCUAAAAUCCCAAAUACCCUAGACAUCCUCCAUAAACCCUAGAUAUCCUAAAUACCCUAAAUAUCCCAAAUACUCUAGAUAUCCCAAAAACUCCAAAUACCCCAAAAACCCCAAAUGUCCAAAAAACCCCA